UGUGACGACAUAAAAUAAUCGUUUUUUUUAUUUUUAAAGUUUGAACACAUAACCUUUAAAAAUUCAGGUUAGAUAUGGCCUAUGAAAAGCUUGAAGGUGCUAUGCUCAAAAAGUUAUGAACAGAGACCAAAUUACAAAGGUUUGGUUGAUUUUGCAAAUUAAAAUAUAAAUUCAUAAUGCUCUUUCAGAUUAUGGGACCUAAAUUAAAAAAUUAUUGGAAUCUAUUUUUGUGACGUCAUCACUUGUUCAUUGGGAUUGUUUGUUCUUGUUGAAAAAGAGGCUUCCCGCAGAUUCCCCCUGCCAAACGCCAAAACGCGUUUAUCUGUGUAUAAGAAUUUGCAAUGGCUGCCAUCCCUGUGAGAAGGUAUUAGGGUUUGUCAGUUGGACACCUUUGUCAUCAAAUAGAAGCAUAUUGUCGUUUUUCUUUACCAGGUCCGCCAGUUCAAUCACUGUACCAGGUUAACCCUGAAAUCAUGUUGUUAUAUUUGUAAUUUUAUGGGUUUUUGUUUGAAUGCAAAAUGACAAACAAUGAAGUGGUUAGGAUUGUGGAUGGUGAAUGUUUGUCGAAUACCAAUGGAAAUCAUGAUGUUGGGAGCUCUCAGUGCCAAUGUGGGAAAGAAACUGCUCACAGUGAGUCAGAUGACAAAGGCACAUCUUCCAACACAUCAUCAAAAAAGAGUUAUUCACAAUUGAAGAAGAAGAACUCAAAAAAGAAGAGAGAAAAAGGCAAAUCAAAAGAUGAACUUGAACAAUGUGAAGCACAAGUGGAAAUAAGCCCCACUUUGCCGUCACCUAAGAGUUCAUGGCUAUUAAGGCUGUUUGAAUCAAAACUAUGUGACAUGGCUAUUGCUAUAGCAUACAUGUUUAAAUCAAAGGAGUCAGGUGUUUUGGCAUACUUGGGAAAUAAGUUAUUUAGCUUUCCUGAUGAACAGGUUGAUGUGUAUCUUCCAGAACUAAUAAAUAUGUUUAUACAUAUGUCAGAAGUUGCAGAUGUUAUUGGUCCAUACCUUUUGGCAAGAAGUCGAAAAAGUACAAACUUUGCCUUACAGGCUACAUGGCAUUUAGAUUCACAUCUUACUGAUGGUUGGUUGCCAACCAAAGAAUAUAAUAGGGGAAAGAAGCUGUUGGAGCAUAUCUCAGCUGAUGGAAAAAAGCUAAGGAAAAAGGUGCCAUGUUUUCCCAACCAAACAUCGGCUCCAGUGAACUCUCCUGGCAAAAAGACUCACCAGCGCUCAAAAUCUGAAGUCACUUUUGGCAAUAUACAGCAUCAAAGUAUCAAUGAGCACUACAAUCACAGCCAGUCUACGGAUAAUAUCGACUCUGGGAAUCUGCAAUUAGGCCUUGCCUUUGGCAAAUGUACUUUACACACACCAGUUAUAAACUGUGCUGCUUCUUCACCAAUGCUCAAUAAAUUGGCAGAUGAUCAGAAAUGUAGCUGCCAGGUCCCGCUGUUUACAGCUGAGAGAGACUUUGUUGAUGCACUGCAAGCAAUUGGAGAAAGAAUGAGAACUUUAGCAACUAAGGAAUUAAAAACCCAAAGAUUAUACGCCGAAUUAUCAAUGCUAAACCUGAAUCUACCCGCCCGUGUCUUUUUACCGUUUCCUGAUUUAAAGCCGCAUUACAUUCUGAGAAUUCCGCAGGCUGCAGCCGUGGUUCUAAACUCCAAAGACAGGGCCCCGUACAUAAUAUAUGUAGAGAUCAUAGAGACUGAAAGAAAUGAAGAAGAUGGUAGCAUUGACAGUCUUUGUGUUGAGAAUCCCAUUCGCCAAGUCAGAUCAGAGGAGUAUCUACCCACGUACACCCGGGAUCGGGACAACGUAAGCACAGAAUUUCAUGUCGGGGACGAUGAUUACAGUGAAGAAUCAAAGUCGACGACAACCUCUAUCAGUGACAAUUUCUCAGAGGAUUCUGAACUUGAACAGCAACAGUACAUAUCGCCGUCAGAUAUUCGAAAACGAUUAACAGAGUAUUUGGCUGCUCCGAAGGCUUUGUUUAUGGUCAGAGACCCAGAUGACCCUUCAGCUUCUGCUUUAAAAGAGCCUUGGGAAGAAAAAGUUGAGCGAAUAAGAAGUUCGUCUCCUUAUGGAUACUUACCCACAUGGAGGCUCCAACCAGCUAUAGUGAAAACAGGUGACGACUUGCGACAAGAAUGUUUGGCAUAUCAGCUGUUACGACAGUUUCUCGCGAUAUGGCAGCAGGAAAGAGUCCCACUAUGGAUAAGGCCCUACUCAGUGCUAGUGACAUCAAAUGAAGGAGGUCUCAUUGAGCCAAUCGUUAACGCAGUGUCCUUGCACCAAAUCAAGAAACGUAGCAAAUUGUCUUUGCUCGGAUACUUUCUCAAGGAAUUUGGCGAGACGACAACAGAAGAAUUUCUGACAGCUCAAAGAAACUUUGUUGAAAGCUGUGCAGGAUAUUGCCUCGUUUGCUACAUUAUGCAAGUAAAAGACAGGCACAAUAACAACAUUCUUUUGACAUCUGAUGGCCGCAUCGUACACAUCGAUUUUGGAUUUUUCUUGUCAAAUUCUCCUAAGAAUCUUGGCUUUGAGAGUUCACCCUUCAAAUUAACAGAAGAAUUCAUAGAGGUAAUGGGUGGAGAGGACAGUGACAUGUACAAUUACUUUAAAAUUCUAAUGCUACGCGGAUUUUUAGCAUCGCGGAAAAACAUGGACAAGAUUUUGCAAAUUGUUGAGAUCAUGAGAACAGGUUCUCAUUUACCGUGCUUUAGCCAGGGAAUGUCAACAGUGCAAGCAAUGCGUGAACGGUUUCACCUAAACCUCACGGAGGAGCAGCUGUCAAAGCUCGUCGAUAAACUAAUUGAAGAUAGCGUGCAGUCAUUGACAACCAAACUUUACGACAGUUUUCAAUAUUUUACCAACGGAAUUCUGUGAUAGCUGCAAUUGCAAAAAACGAAAUUAGCUUUGAAGGUGAAAGCUUCUAACUGAGAUUUUGGCAAUGUCCACCUUGGUUACUUGAGUCAAACCCAGGUUUAUGAUGGUUAACGCUGGUAAUCUCAGUCUUUGUUUGGGCAGAAACCUUGCCAGUAAUAAUGAUGCCUUCUUGGAAAAAAUGUGAAUAGAAACAAAGGAAUGAUCUAUAAAUCACUCAGUCGUUAUUGACAACUGUGCAUUGGAAAGUAAAUAGAAAAUCAACAGAGCGAUUAGAAUUAGUAGUAUAGAUGUUUAUAUUGAAGUUAAUAAACCGGCUUUGACAGAUAUAGAGAUAGGGCUUUUUUUCUUUUAGUGUGUAAUAUCAUGUGGCAGAAACUGCGCCUAUGCUUGGGAAGGUGGCAAAAAAUAGAAAACUGUUUAUUAUCCGCUAGGCAGGGCCAAGACCUCCUGGUCUUUUCGUUGGCGUGGCCUCUGCCUCUAGAAAAGGGGAAAAAUCAUGUAUGGCUAAACUAUAAUAGUUCUAGGUUUGGUUUAUUCACACUCAGUCGUAAACGAAUUCUCUGUAAGUUUAUAAAAGUAAUGCCUACCAGUGCAUCUUGGUGCAGAACAACAAUAUGUUUUCGUUCGCUGUUUAAAUAGAGCUUAAAAAUACUCCAAUGAAUGUGUUUCCCUUUGGGUGAAUAACAGGUUCUCGGUGAGGAUAGCUGUUGCAAUUUGAAUGGUUUUAUCAGAAUGUACGGCAGGUAUUUUAUCUCUUGAAAGCAAACCAAUUGACUAUACGUUUAAAUGUCUUUGUGUAUCACACCAGGAACCAAAGCAUCCGCAAUAAACCGACUGCGACUACGCGGCCUGUUCUUUAUAUUCGGCCAGUCAGAGACAUCACGUGGUCAGAUUUUCAUUUCCAACCAUUGGCCGGACAAUAUUCUCCUGAGAAACUUGACAUUGCUCAGUCAUUAAAUUUUAAACAGCGGCCGUCCCUUUCAAUUUGCAUCUUUAAAUACGAAGAUUGGAAACCACAAUUUCUAGCUUAGGCCUUGUCUACAGAAACGGUAAACAACCAAUUUGCGUAACUUUAUAUUGCUAUGUCAACAAAACGAAUCAUUUUGUCACAUAAAUAGUGUAAUUUCCUUCCCGAAUUUUCGAAUUGCCCUUUGAGACACACCCUUUCGAAACAUCUCACUUCCUCUGUCUUUGAAAUGAUCCAGUAUGUAGCUUUGACAGUUUUUCUUUCGUUCUGGCAAGCAAAAUAAAACCUGUCGUAUAAUGCCAUAUUUUUAUAUUUCAUUAAGGUUCUACAAUAUUCUAAUGAGGCAUAAGUCGUAUUUUCAAAUGAAAAUUGGUCACCUAUAAUUUGCCCUGCCAGCAACCGCAUGUCAAUUAAUGCAUACAAUUAAUCUUUUAUUGAUAAUAUUGAACAAGUAAUUAUAUAUAUUUGUACCAAGCGUACGUUUUGAUAAAGCAAGGUUGAAUUUUCAAAUAUUGGUUUAUAACUUCAUAUUUAUUAAUUAAUUUUUCAGCUUUCGUUGCUUCGAAGUUAUAAUCAGCCAUGCUAGCUUAACAACCCGUGUGUUUAGUUACGGAAUUAAAAAUUCAAUUGAAAACAGUUAUACUUUUCUUUGCUAUCAACUUCUACAUGGUAUUUUUAAAGUGUAUUAAGUUCGUCGGGUGGCAAUGACGCGCAAGAAACUUCUCCAGUUUCAACUAAAUUUUGAUUUAACCGUUAUUGUGUCAAUUUCCAAUGUCUGGAUCCAAUUAAACAUUUCCAGCAAACUAGAAAUCGGUCAUGCUUAAUGACAUUCGGGUUUAAUUUUAAAUACUGGAAGAAUUUGCCACUUGAUAUUUUAAUUGCAUUUCUCUAAAGUAUUGAUUGCAUUUCUUUUGAAAUUAAAUGGCCUGGUCUUUUGAUAUUAUACAUAGAGUAUCAGGUAGAUAUAAAUUUAGUUUAAACAUAUCAGAUAUAUUGAUGUAAAAAACCUCGAGUGACUUAGGUUGUACGAUCUGGCUUUGUUUGCUGUUGAGAAUCUUCUUUUUAGGAGGAGCGUAAAGUAAAUCAAUAUUUGAUAAGAACCAACCGCCUGUUAAUGAAUGAAUGUGGAGAGAAGUUACUUAAAAUGUUGCUGGACGAGAGACACUUCCUUUGACAAUGUACAAUUUUGCAUGGAAGGAGGUCAAUAGGCAGAGCUGAGGGAAAUCCUAGCUUAAUGUUCAACCUAAAAUAAAGGCUCCCCCUCCUUUCCCGUGUGAGUGUUCCCACCCAUCCUGAGCUAUAUUUUCAUGGAUGUAUUUGUCAGGAAAAAAAGGAAGAAAUCGUCCUGAUUCAGCGACGCUGUUCCUAUAGUAAGAUAAUUUUGUCAUUUGCUUUUUCGUUCCUGCCAUUCUAAUGUUCAAUUUCAACAGUAAUAUUAAUUGAAAAAAUUGGGAGGGCUGGAGGAUUUACAUGAACACUGACAUUAAAAACAGCGCCUAAGGCUUUUUUGUGUUUUGAAGGGUCAGUCAAAUACUUGCAAACACUGCUUAGAAUAUAAGAAGUUUGCCUGUGAAAGCUACUCAAAAUUACAUUUAGAUUAGUCUGGGCUGUUAGAGCAUGAAUCAUACAAAUUGUGAUACCAGCAAAAAUGCCCCAAGUGCUAUUUUUAGACUGGGCCAUAUGUCAAUACUGUUUUAUGAAAAAGUGCAAGAGUAAAAAGUUGUGCAUUCUCAAAUAUCAAAGUAUAUUAAGAGAACAUGGAAUAGAAAAAUGAUCCCUUAAUGCUAUUUUUACAAUAUAAUUAGACGCGCGGGCACCAUUACCUUAUUCUAAAAAAAGCAUCAAGGGGGGAAUUUUUUGCUUGGUUGCUUAAUAUAUUUUAACAUAUGAUAAUGCACACAGCUUUUAACCUUCGCACUUUUUCAUAAAUCAAUAAAGGCAUAUUGAGAUUGGCCCCAUUCAAGGGCUGAGGCCAAGUAACCCUGUCUAAAAUAGCUUUUCAGGGCAUUUUUCGGCUUUUAUCUGUUCGGCAUCGUCACCAGCGUGUGAAAUUACCCCCAGUUUAUCCUUUUCCAUGCUGGUAUCAUAGUUUGCACAAUCCAUGUCAAAUACUGUGCUAAGAGUCCAGACUAGAUCAGACAGAUUCCCUACUGAAUUUUUUAUAUAUUCCUGUCACUACAUAUCAAAGAAACUGAAUCCACAUUUAAAGGACACUUAUACAUUGAGAGUUUUCAACGCAUGUGAUUGUCUUAGAUGCGAUGGUGUAACAACUGUUCACAUGUGCGUUUGUAUGAGCUCGUUUCCUACGACUUCUAAUUGGAAAACUUCUCCAAGCUAUACAUCUGUGUUCAAAUAAAGUAAGAUAGUAUGAUAUGGGGAGGAGAGAAGACCGAGAAACUUUUGUUGAAUCUAAAAGAUUUUCGGAAUUUUUGCGAUUUAAGCCCACCAUUUUUGCAUAGCUAAGUAAAAGUAAACACUUGAUCUUUCUAAAGCCCCUGUAUUAGACAGCCCAGAGUGUCUUAAUGUUAGAAAGAUUACUGAAAAAGAGACACAAUAAUUCAUAAGAAAGAUUACUGAAUAAUGAUACAAUGUUGAAACCUAUUAUCUUUUUGCCUUUUCCUUAUAUUUUCAAAGUACAAUACGAAUGUCCAGCAA